GCGCUCUGACCACUGCAACUUUUGCAGAGACUCCUCACUCCACAGACAUGUCGCACAAUAGCUGAAGUAAACCUGUCACCGCGGCUCAUCAUCGGAGCCUCCAGAAAUACACCGCAGGUCAGGAGGGAUUUCAAACCGCACGGCCACCUCCUCUGUCGCUUCCCCUUCGCGUCGGACCCUCCGUUUGGAAACGCCUGGAUAUGAAUUAUGAGCAUUUUCCUCACUAAUGAACUGGGCCAGUAAUGCAGGAGACCGCCGCGACUCUCUCAUCAGUGUUUCAAGAUGGCAGAUUUUCAUUGAGUUUUGAGCAGAAAUCUCGCUUUAUUUUUUGCCAUGAAUAACAGAAAUCCUUGCACCGAUGGCCCCUGUAUACGAAGGUAUGGCCUCGCAAGUGCAAGUGUUCUCCCCUCACACUCUCCAAUCAAGUGCCUUCUUUAGCGUGAAGAAACUGAAGGUGGAGCAGAGCUGUAACUGGGAUAUGACAGGGUACGGCACACACAGCAAAGUCUACAGCCACAACAGCAGCAAGAACUUGUCGGCCGCCAGUGGCCCCCUCGGCAUCAACAGCUCCCUGCAGGUCGCCAGCUCCACCCUGCCCUACGAGCAGGCACUCAUCUUCCCAGCCAGCGCGGGCCACAUUGUGGUCGCCUCAGCCAGCAGCACUUCAGGGGCCGUGGGGUCUCUGCUGGGCAGCGGGGGUGGAGGCAGCAGCAGCAACAGCAGUGGUGGUGGAGGUGGCGGCGGCGGCAGUGGUGUGGGUGGUGGAGUCGGUGUUCAUAACCUGACACGCCGCAGCACGGUCAGUCUCCUCGAUACCUACCAGCGAUGCGGGCUUAAACGCAAAAGUGAGGAGCUUGACAACAACAGCAGUGUGCAGAUCAUUGAGGAGCACGGCCCACCAAUGAUCCAGAACGGAGCAGCCAGUGGAGCCACGGUGGCCACGGUGGCCACUGCCACCUCCACCGCGACGUCCAAGAACAGUGGCUCCAACAGCGAGGGGGACUACCAGCUGGUGCAACACGAGGUGCUCUGCUCCAUGACCAACACGUACGAAGUGCUGGAGUUCUUGGGACGAGGAACCUUCGGACAGGUGGUGAAGUGCUGGAAGCGGGGCACCAACGAGAUAGUUGCGAUCAAGAUCUUAAAAAACCACCCGUCGUAUGCACGGCAGGGUCAGAUCGAGGUCAGCAUCCUGGCGCGUCUCAGCACGGAGAGUGCAGAUGACUACAACUUUGUGAGAGCAUACGAGUGCUUCCAGCACAAGAACCACACGUGCCUGGUAUUUGAGAUGCUGGAGCAGAACUUGUACGACUUCCUCAAGCAGAACAAGUUCAGCCCCCUGCCGCUCAAAUACAUCAGACCCGUGCUGCAGCAGGUGGCCACAGCGCUAAUGAAACUGAAGAGUCUGGGGCUGAUCCACGCUGACCUGAAGCCAGAGAACAUCAUGCUCGUGGACCCGUCUCGACAGCCCUACAGGGUCAAAGUCAUUGACUUUGGUUCAGCCAGCCAUGUCUCCAAAGCAGUCUGCUCCACUUAUCUACAGUCCAGAUACUACAGGGCUCCGGAGAUCAUCCUGGGCCUGCCGUUCUGUGAGGCCAUAGACAUGUGGUCCUUGGGCUGUGUGAUAGCCGAGCUCUUCCUGGGAUGGCCCCUCUACCCCGGAGCCUCAGAGUACGAUCAGAUCCGGUACAUCUCACAGACACAAGGUCUGCCUGCAGAGUAUCUGUUGAGUGCGGGGACAAAGACCACCAGGUUCUUCAACAGAGACCCCGACUCCACCUAUCCUCUCUGGAGACUUAAGACUCCAGAGGACCACGAGGGUGAAACGGGGAUCAAGUCCAAGGAGGCUCGCAAGUACAUCUUCAACUGCUUGGAUGAUAUGGCGCAGGUGAACAUGACGUCAGAUCUGGAGGGGAGCGACAUGCUGGCAGAGAAGGCUGACAGGAGGGAGUUCAUCGACUUGUUAACAAAGAUGCUGACCAUCGACGCAGACAAGAGGAUCACCCCUAUCGAAACGCUCAACCACCCCUUUGUCACCAUGUCGCAUCUCCUCGAUUUCCCACACAGCACACAUGUGAAGUCGUGCUUCCAAAACAUGGAGAUCUGCAAGCGUCGUGUCAACAUGUACGACACAGUCAACCAGAGCAAGACGCCCUUUAUCACCCACGUGGCCCCCAGCACCUCCAACAACCUCACCAUGACCUUCAACAACCAGCUGAACACUGUGCACAGCCAGGCCACCAACCUGGUUCCCUCCUCCACCAACAAUGCCACCCUUUCCUUUGCAAGUCCUGAUGUCUCCAUACUAAACUACCAAUCUGCACUCUACCAGCCCUCCGCUGCCUCCAUGGCAGCCGUGGCCCAGAGGAGCAUGCCCCUGCAGCCUGGGGCCCCUCAGCUCUGCGCUGCCCGGCCGGACCCCUUCCAGCAGGCGCUCAUCGUCUGCCCACCUGGCUUCCAAGGGCUGCAGGCGUCCCCUUCCAAGCACACCAGUUACUCUGUGCGGAUGGAGAAUGCUGUUCCCAUAGUGACGCAGGCCCCUGGUGCCCAGCCUCUGCAGAUCCAACCCGGCCUGCUUACACAGCAGGCCUGGCCCAGCGGCACCCAGCAGAUCCUGCUGCCUCCAGCCUGGCAGCAGCUCACCCACACCUCGGUCCAGCAUGCCACUGUCAUCCCCGACUCCAUGAGCAGCACACAGCCCCUCGCCAACUGGAGGAAUUCCCAUCCUCAUGGCAGCCAUUAUAAUCCCAUCAUGCAGCAGCCGGCCUUGUUGGCUGGCCACGUCACGCUCCCAUCCAACCAGACGCUCAAUGUGGGAGUGGCACAUGUUAUGAGGCAGCCCUCGACCAAUAACAGCUCCUCUUCCAAAAAGAACAAACAGCACCAGAUGUCUGCCAGGAACAUGUCAGCCUAUGAGGUGUCGUCCUCUCAGGCGGUGCUAUCCCCGCAGCGCUCGAAGCGGGUGAAGGAGAACACACCCCCACGUUGUGCUGUGCUACAGAACGGCUCGGCCUCCAACUGCCCGCCCCCGCAGGGCUGUGGGGGCGGAGGGUGGGGGGCUAACGAGGCAGAGCAGGCUUCCAGCACUACCCGCGACCAUCAGCACCAGCACCACGUCCCCAGACAGACCAUCAUCAUCCCCGACACGCCCAGCCCUGCAGUCAGCAUCAUCACCAUCAGUAGUGACACAGAUGAGGAAGAUGACCACAAACAAAACAACAGUUCAUCUUCAAAGCAGCGGAAGAAUGUCAUCAGUUGCGUGACGGUCCACGAUUCACCCGACUCGGACUGUUCAAGCAACAACAGCCCCUACACUGUGGAGUCCAGAGCCCCCAACAACAACAGCUAUGACACAAAGACCACCAUCCUGGACAACUACAACAAUGGGAACCCCCGCACCAUCAUCAUUCCCCCUCUCAAAACCCAGAACAGUGAGGUCCCGAGUGAGUGUGAGCGCCUGAUGCCAGAUGCAAUGAACCAUCAGAAUUCAGCUUACAAGUUCAAAUCCUCCAAUGGAGUGGUGUCUGGCAAUAAUCACUUACCAGGGGGCGUGGCUGGAGGCGGGUCCUACCGACAGCAGCGCUCAGGGCCACACCCCCUCCAGCAGCAGCCUCUAAAUCUCAGCCAGGCCCAGCAGCAUAUGGUAGCCGAGCGAAACGGUCAUCGGCGUCAACAGGCCUACAUCACCCCCACCAUCGCCACUCAGGCCCCGUACUCCUUCCAUCACAAUAGUCCCUCUCACACGGGCAACGUCCACCCGCAUUUGGCUGCCACACACCUACCCAGCCAGCCCCACCUCUACACCUACACAGCCCCUGCUGCUCUGGGCUCCACUGGCACCGUGGCCCACCUGGUGGCGUCACAGGGCUCGGCGCGCCACGCAGUCCAGCACGGGAGCUACCCACCAAGCAUCGUUCACCAGGUCCCAGUCAGCAUGGGCCACCGCGUGCUGCCCUCACCCACCCUGCACCACAGCCAGUACCAGGCCCAGUUCGCCCACCAGGCCUACAUCAGUGCUUCGCCCGCCUCCACUGUCUACACUGGAUACCCGCUGAGCCCCACCAAGGUCAACCAGUACCCUUACCUCUAGAGAAGACACUGACUGACACUGGAGAGCCUAACCCAGCGCUGCUGCUGCCCCCGAACCCACCCGCCCCGAAACCCGUCGACAUCCUGAACAUCCUCUCCUCGACCUCAGACAUAAACAGAGACAGAGGAACAUGCAAUCCUCAUGAAACUGUCACAUAUAACUUGAAGAUAUAACGACAGAGAGAAUACGAAAAAAAAAAGAUUCACAGCCUCUCUAGAAGGGAAAGAUGGGGUUGAGUUUCAGAGGGGUACAGUUGAAGAUGUUUUCUUUCACAUUUUUGUUUUCUCCUGAAAGGGCCAGUUUUUGCUUUUAUUUGUCGAUUCUUCACUUUACUUUACGAGGAAAGUAACGUCUCAUUAGUUUUACAGGGAAGUAUGAACAGGCCUUUUGGGACAGUGGAGGUUUUCUGCUUUGUUUUCUUUUAUUUUCCCCUCUUAAAUUUGGGAAGUGACUGUUGAACAGGGGUUACUGACUGGAAGUUCGGAAUCCCAAGGAGAAUUUGGGAGAAGGUGAAAUACGGAAACCUGCUGCUCUUCAAAGAAAAAAAAUAUUGAUGGCCUUGAACUGUCUUAAUAUUUCCAAAUCAUUCAUGGCGUGGGGAGAAAAGAGAGGCAACUCCCCGCCCCCCCACUCCACCUUCUCCAGCCGAGGAGGCUUCUGGAAAUAUAACCAACAGAAGACAACAAACUUUUUAGUGUAUUUAUAGAUAUUUUUCCUUUAUGUUUCACCUUUAUGAAGAUACUUCAGUUUUAGCUAGGUGUCUUAGCUGGGCCCCGUUCUUAGAAUGUAGCAGUCUGCACCUGUUUGUUUUAAGACGUUUUUUUUUGUUUUUUUUCCUGAUACCAAUAGAUUUAUUUGUUCCUCUUUUUUCAAUGUGAUUGCACAAAGUGGUUAUAAUAACAUAGGCAUGUACAACGUGAUUGUCUGUGUGUGCUACUGUCAGCCAUGCGUGUGUAGUCCACCUCCUUAAAAAACUCUCUUCAGUCUUUAGGUUUUGACCAUUGUUCCCUCGUAGUGCCUUACAGAUAUAACGACACAGUUUACUUGGCUUGGAUCCUGAAAGCCACAAGAGACUAUAGCUAUACUUAGAGAGACAUGUUUCCCUGGUUUGACAUCCUAGUCGGGGCAGUUGUAGCUCUCUUCCAGGUGUAGGCUCAGCCCUCGCUGUUCCUCGUCCGUAACGACAGCAUCCUAUAGAUGGUGAAGAUUAAUGUCAGAGUCGAUAUCAAGCUGAGCUGUUUUAUUAUGUGUGCAUGAGAUAACUUGCCUGGGGUACUUACCAAAGUCAUAGAUAAAUUCUUGUUACAUUUUGCUCUGGAUAUUAAAUGUAAAUAUGAAAAUGUACAGUAUAGCUGUAGCUGUAAACCUCUAUCACAGUGGCACCCAAAAUGUGGCUUUAGGUCGGAAUAUAUUUGUUUUUUUUAAAAUCACACAAGGGAAUUCAUGCAUUGUGAUCACGGAGCGGCGAUAUUAGCUCAGUUUUCAUGAACAGGGAAUGAGUUGCAGUUACAGUACAAUGUUUGAGACACAGCAGAGGUCGUUUUUUCAAGGUUAAAAGCUAGUCCGAGAGAAGGGCCUGACAGAAAGUGAUUGUUGCCAUGAGGGUGGUUCUGUGAAGGCUGCGGAGAAGAGGCAGAGUAUCGAGGGUUGUUCGAGGGAGAUACUGCGUAGGCGCGAGCGAGGGGGCUAUUUGAAAGCGUAGGGUCAGUUUAGGUAGGGACUGCGGAGCACAGGGUGGAUCUCUCUAUCUUAAACGGGACUAAAAUGGUAGCAAGUUGGCACUGAGCAGGUUGAUAGUAACACUGAGCCCGGGUGGUCGGUAGGAGCCGAGGGUGCACUACCUUACCUGAAUGGACACUUAUAAUUCUGACGUGAAAUCCUUUUGCUGUCGUCAUUUGUCGUUUGUUUCUCCAGCAAAGAUAAUAGAAAGUUGUCACGCUUGAGGUUUGGGUAGCACCUCUAGAACAGAGCAGAACAGAAGGGAAAAGCCGCAGCGUACACCUGGAAGGGCACCUUGUGGACGAUUUGUCGCCACUGUCCAUUUGUCUUCGAACCGGGUACACCACAGACAUCGCCACGCCAGCCGAACGGGAUACCUGAACACUUAGAGAACCAAUAGGGCUGUCGCUUUGUGUGUUUGCUGCUUGAUUUAACAUCUUUUAUUUUCUCCUUGUAGCCAAUGAUACAAAUAAUCUCCUCUGUUCAUUUUGUCCUCUUGAACGUAGGCACAUCAGUACUGCUGGUGGUUUUAGUGAAAGCCUUCCCCCCUCUCCUUCAUGGUAUGCCAUAGUACUUGCAUUUGAAGUGAUUUUUUUUUUUUUUUAACUUAACAUUAUCUUGAACUUUUUUUUUUUGACAUGGCUGUAGUACAUGUUGUGUUUAUUUUUUAGAGAUUGUUGCAAUAAUUCUUGUGGAUGUUUUAUCAGAGUGUGUGCGUGUGUUUUUAUUAUAUGUCAGGCUCAUUUCUAUUUUGUAACCUGGGGGUUGAUGUACAGUAAUAUUUAGUAUUCCGUGGAGGUGGGUGCACCGGUGUAAAGUGUUGCGACACUGCUGAUGGUAGUAAGUGUUGAGUCGAUGAUAAUCCAAUGGGGCCCAUAUAGAUAGACGUUUUGGCUCGAGGGUGCCACAUCCAGAAAAACAACAAUCUCUUGAAAAAAAAAUCCCUCAGCGGGCCCCGGAGUUGUUUGUCAUCCUGGUACUUUUCCCCCCACAACUCUCCACUCCCAGUCAGCUCCAGCAUGCAAGCCCAGGGUCCGGGUAGUUAAAGAUGUGAUUACAUACUACGUUGCUGGUUACAUCAUUCUUCUUUGUUCUGUUGUUUCUUUUAUUUUAUCGACUUAAUUUCCACUAGGUCACUGGGGCCUAAGCACACGCACGCAUAAGGGAGAUGAUUUUCCAUUGAAGUCUUUUAGCUCCUCUGUUACGAGACAGACUACUGAAACAUUCCACUGUUUGAGGGAAUUUGGCGUUACCCAUGCUACACUGCUGUCCUGUCCCCCUCUCCUGUCAGCACGGGGAUAGCAUUGCCACACUAGGACUGUUUCUUUUUUUCCUCGCUCCUCCCACCAAAGAAUUCAACAGAUCGAUCAUGUACAGCACAGCACAGUACAGUACAAGCAAUCCUCCGCAGCGUUGCUAGAGAAGACAGGCAAUAACUUCUGGUCUCAUCUUUAAAUGUUUUACAAGUGCUUUUUUUUUUUGAGGACAAGCAAAUGCAUGUGUGCAUACGACUUACAAGUACACAAGCAGGAUUUAAAACACUUAACGCAUACAGCACACUCAAUUUGUUUAGAAUCAGGAUGUUAAACUAUGAGAAGAGCUGCAGUCUGUUUUUUGUUUUUUUUGGUUUGUUUUACUUUCAUUACUCCUCACACUCGCGCCCAGUCAUGGUUGAAUGAUCAAUAAUUAUCUAACCUCUCUCCAAAAUGUUAAGCCAGUUUUUUUUUUUUUUACGUUGUUGAUGUUGUAGCUUUAUCGGUGUUGUAUGAAAUUUGUAAACUUCAAGAAAAGUUUGUUUUACAUUAGCGUGCCAUGGAAUAGAAUGACCUGUAAAAAUGAAUUAAUCAAAAAACAAAAAGAAAGAAAAAAAAGUACCAACUAUACCUUUAAAAACCAUGGUCACCCGCACAAAAUGAAUGUAAUGUGUGACCUGCGGCAUCUGAAAUGGCUUUAGAUCUUUCUCAGUGGGUGACCGCUCAUUUAAUUUCUACACCAUUUGUGGCCAUGCAUGAUGCAAUAAUUAUAUGAUCUCCAGCAAAAGUCCAUACAAGAGACGUAAUGUAAAAUUACCACUGUCCUCACGAUUAGGGGUAAUCAAAUAAUCGCUAUUUUCUCAAAUGACAAUUAAGAGAAGCCCUGUAUGCGCAAUUGUGUGGAAAAAGACUUGAUGUGUAUGAUACCUUUGUCUAUUACUCUGUUUCACAUAACCAAUGUUUUGUGUUUUAUAAAAAAAGGGGAAUCAGAAAUGUGAGCAUUAACGUAGAUCGAGUGACCUUACAAUUACCAAAAUGUGCUUAAGUAGAGUGUUAAAGAUGUUUUGUGUUGUCCAGGUGAGCGUAGCCUUCCCAGCUAGCAACUUUACUGUUAGAGUACUGCCUUCCAAAUAACCAACAAUACCUCUAAAGGUUUUAAGGUGACAUUUGAAUUAGACGAAACUCAACAAGGCAGUGUCUCACUCUCUAUGGGGCCUGGCGUUCUCCCAUAAAAUACACUCAAACUUCCAGCGUUGCUCAUAUCGUGAAUACUGCUCCUCCGGGAGCUUUGCAAACACUGAGAAACAUUCCUGAGAGCGUGAUGGCGCACAGUGCAACAUUAGUCUUCAGACAGACAAACAGACAACCCCGAAACAUCCACCUGUGCACUCGUACGGUGUAAACUGUUUGGCAAAGUCGCAGCUGCCUCCCAAAGUACAAAGGGGUUUGGAACAGGUGAUAGGUGGUUUAAUCAUGAGCUGAUGUAGUCUCUGUCACCAGGAAAUUCAUAAUCUACACAAGCAUUCUUAAAGCCCUUACGGAUGAGAGUGUAUGUCUUUUUUGUUGUUGUUUUUUUUAACUUUUCGUUGAGGAGAUCUGCUCCUUUUGCUGGCUAUUCCUCGGGGGAAUUCAGGGUGAGGUGGUCAAGGUUUGAUGCCAUCGCUGAUAGAGGGUGUCAGGUGAUUACCAUGUGUGGAUUUUAAAAACCAAAACUGAUUGAAAUACAGUUGUGUUCCUACUAUCUUCAUUUAUUCUAAUUUGUGUAAAACCAGGCAAGGAUGUGGAUUAAUAUUAACCACUUUAAAUCCCCAAAUUGCUGGGUUGUAAGAUCCUACUUUACAUAACUAAAACGAAAAUGUAGCUUUCCCCCGUCUUAACUUUCAGAGAGAGAUUUCUAGCCAAAGAUAGUUAUUUUUGUGGUGUUAAUAAAUGGAAUCUAGGAGUGGUAGACCAAAGCUGCAUUCAAAGCCUGUUUACGCUGCAAAAUAAUUCAUCUAAAGCUAGAGGUCAUGUCAAAGUCAAAAUCCCUUUUGGUACAUUCUCAAAAUUGUAAAUCAGAGUAGCUCAAUAAUUUUUACAUUUUCUAAAGACCUAAGAGUGCAUCAAACCCUGACCCCCUUUUGUGUCCAUUGCUGUAUGGUUUCUCAAUGGUGUAAAAUCUCAUUCUUUGUCGAUAAAGCUAAUGUGUGCUGCAGUAUUUCCUAGUAUACUUCUCUGUUAAUUGUCUUUUUCUUAUUUACUUUUGUUUAUUGGGGUGUGAUGUCUCAUUAUUUCAAUCUGUUGACGUAGCGUUCUAUGUAUACCCUGUUCCUUAGCCUAAUAUUAUUAAGUAUGUUAUGAGAAUGGAUAUUUUACUGGCUUUAUAGAAUGUUUAAAUAAAUAUAAUAAUGACAAUAAGAAGAAGGAUUAAUUAAACCUCCUAACAAGUUGAGUACUUGCUACUAAGCGCUUGUGUUACCAUUAUGAUGUUGUGUGCUUCUCUUAAUCAUUUUCGUUGUAGAAAAAUGGAGUGAAUUUAUAUUAGGCUUCGAAAAAACUAAUGAUAGCAUUGUAAAUUUCACAGGAGGAUUUUAACAGACAAACAGCUUCGUCAAAUAGAAGAAUAUAGUUAUUUUAAUUGUCCUCUUUACUAACUGUAGGGUGAGAAGGGGCUCGCGUUGUGGUGAACUAUGUUAUAGCUUGUUAUUCACUGUUACUUUUGAUCAUUUUUUCGGUCUCCGAGGUGAAUCGAGUUAUUAAUGAGAAUUUGUAUGCUCACAUAUGCAUAUUGUAUAUGUGUAGAAAUGUAAUCACACUUUGUCUUGGAUUUACAUUAAACUGUUAAGUCACGG